UCGUGGAGGUUCUGAGGUUCGCAGCUGGACCCCUCUUGAAAAUGUACUAGCUGGUCGGUUGUUUCUUCUGUUUUGAAGUCUGAAAAGCAUUAGAAGUCGUUCACAAUAAUAGCUGAACGAACAUCAUAAGCUCAACCAAGUAUAAACUGAAAAGAUGAAUUUUGAUUUUACAUCUGAUGAAGUUGGUGAAAACUCCGGAUUUAUUUUUCCUGAAAAACAGGAGGGAAACCCGAUGGCACUGACUCAACCCAAUAUGUGUAAAGGGAAAACAAAGAAAAACCCAGUUGCAAAUAGAACUGGUGUUUGGGUUUGCCAGGACUGCAAUGUGAAGUGCAGUUCUGAAAGGGAUUUGAUUAAUCAUUUACUAGGAGUCAAGCAUAAACGGCGAAUGAAAAAACUUAAUGCUCAAAAAGUGAUAGAAGAAACAGAUAAGCAAGUUCAGAAUCCACUAAGUGAAUCCGUGACAGAUCUAGAGAGUUCCAAACCAGUCAUUGGUGUAAAGAAAAAAUUGGUCAAGAAGCUUCAAAAUAUGGUAUAUGAGUAUGUAAUAUCACAGCGUAACGAACCAGUUAUCGGUCUAAACCAUAUUGUACGGUUUCAUUCGGCUUUAGAAAAUGUGCGUCCCAUGUAUUUCUGCACAUUGUGUGAUGUUCUGUCAUAUAAUAAAAUGAUUUUGCAUAUCACUGGCUUGGAUCAUCGGAAUAAAUAUUUGAAAAAUCGAUAUCCAUUUGAAGAAAAUGAAGUGACGCCUUUAAAAAUGAGUUGGUAUCUCAAACGGAAGGCAAAGAUGGUUGAGCAUAUUGAAGGACCUGGUAAAAUGCAGGAUGUAACUGUUGCACAAUCUGACUGUAGGAAACUUUCUAGAAAAAAUGCUGUUGGUCUGGCAAAACAGUUACUGCAAAAUGCAAAAACUGAAGACUGCAAUAAAGCAAGUGACAGCUCCGCACCAUCUGACCUCACAAGUUGUACAGGAAACCAAACAGAAAUACUGGUGCAGCAAAAGAGUGAAACUGCAGGGACAGCAACAAAUGUAAAAAACCAGACUGAAAAUGCUGAAGAGGAGAAGCCACAAGCAGAUUCUACCUCAGGACCAUCCUUUGAUGUACCUGGUCUGCCAAGUGAUUUUGACAAGGACCAGCCUUUGUUAAAUAUGUUGUUGACAGAGGUCUUCAAAUUGAAAACUCAACGUAAAGCAGAAGAAGACUUUUCUAAAAGUGCAGAUGCUGCCAUAGCAUCUUGUGAAACCCCAGAAGAAAAAGGUCCUCCGACUACAACUACUAAUGAAUUGUGUACGGUGGAUCUUGACUGGUAUAGGAAAUUUUUGCAAACAAAUUACUGGGAGUUUCGCCGAUAUUGUAUGUCUGAAAAUUCCAGAGAAAGUGCAUCAUGGUCAGAUUCUUCUAGCGUAUCAUCAAGAACAUACAGAAGCUCCUCAAGUGACAGCAGGCGUUCUGGCCGAUAUAGCAGGCAUUCUGGCCGAUAUCGCAGGGAUUCUGACAGUUAUAGUAGGGAUUCUGAUUGUGACAGCAGGGACUCUGGCCGAUAUCGUAGCAGCAGGGACUCUGGCCGAUAUCGUAGCAGCAGGGACUCUGACCGAUAUCGCAGCGGCAGGGACUCUGACCGAUAUCGCAGCAGCAGGGACUCUGACCGAUAUCGCAGCAGCAGGGACUCUGACCGAUAUCGUAGCAGCAGGGAUUCUGGCCGGGAUAGCAGGGUUUCAGACCACUAUACUAGAAAUUUUGACCGCCAUGGUCAAAGAGACUCAGACCACGGUCAGCAUACUGCUGACAUUGGUCAAAUGGAUUCUGAUCGUGGUCAAAGAAAUUUCAAAAGUGGUCAAAUUGAUUUUGGCCAUGGUCACCAAAAUACAGACAAUGGUAGAAUGGACACUGAUCAUAAUCGCUGGCAAAUGGACAGUGGUCGAACAGAUUCAGAUUUUUGUCGCAGGAAUUCUGAUGGUGGCCGAACGGAUUCCAACCAUGGCUUUGGAACUGCCAAAGGUCAAAGGAAUGAUGACCACCGUCAAAAGAAAAAUCUUAAUAAAAAAGCAUGGCAUUCUGAAAGAAGUGGUGCUUCAAAAUUUCAAACUGAGAAUAGAAAUAGGUCCAGUAUUCCUAAACAAUUAUCUGUACCUUAUACCGUCCCUGACUACUAUUCAUUGAUUACAGGUACUCAAAGUGCAGAAUGUGGCGAUGGUGAUAGGAGUCCGGUCAGAUAUCCACAUCUUCCUACUCAAAUACAGCAAGACGGCUCCCUGUCCAGUGAAUACUUAAAGGAUUACAAAACGGAAAACCAUUCAGUAAAAAACGAGGCCCCUUUAGGGUGGAGAAAUAUUUUUUAUAGUAUGAAAAAUAAUAAACAAGGAAAAUAUCCAAAACGUGCAUCAAAAAAUAAACCUUCAGCACGAGUACCUCCAGAGUUAUCAGAUUAUAGGCUUUCCUCAGAUCUUCAGCUUUCAAAAGACAAUGAAAAAUGUGUAGACACUAGAAGUAGUAUGCCUUUAAAAAAUACCAAAAAUCCUCGAACACCAACAGAAAAUGAACACUCUGUUUUGCAUUUUGGCAACAAUUACUCUGAACAGAAAAUGGGAAUUAGAAGCCCUGAAAAUAUUUCAAGUAUGAAUUAUUUUGUCUCAGAUGCAAGAAGUAAAAGAAAUGAUGAUGUUUCCAAACGUAGCAAUUCCAUGUGUUACCAGGAUAAGAAAUAUUCUGAUUCCUCUCCAGGAAGCAAAUAUACUAAUGCUGUUCGAAAUGAAAACAAUAUGCUGGCAGAAUCAAAAAGUCAAUAUUCAGCAACCUCUCCAAAUGCAGUAUACUUUGAAGAUGCUUCAAGAAUUCAGCCGUAUACACCUGUUCCUGAUCAGGAAUACACUGAUAUUCCAUCAAUAGACAAAUACAUGGGAUCUUGUAAAGAUGAAACACGUGCUCGCAGUGUUUCUGAAGGAAAAUUCUUACCAACUACCCUUUCAAGAAGUAAAUACCCAGAAGAAUGUCUUGAAAGGAAAUAUCUUGUUUCAGAAGAAAAAUAUCCUGAUAAUAAACAAGAAAAUAACAUUUCUUCAAGUAAAAAAUAUAUUGAAGAUACCUUAGGAGACAGAUAUUCCACAAUUGCUUCAUAUUGUAAAUAUGAAGCAGCCACUUCCUGGAGUAGGACUAACAGUAAAUAUUCUCCAGAACCUCCAUUGCAGCGGUUUUCGACAACUGUUUCUGAAAAUAAAUUACCUGCUAGCUUCCAAGACAAAGAGUAUCGUGAAGAUAAUAUGCAGUCAGAAUACCCAGAAAUACCACGUUUAAGAAAGAGAAUAAGAGCAGAUGAGUGCGACUCUGAUGCAUUUGCUGUACACAAUAAUAGUGGAGAUUUGCAGAGUGGCAUAGAAGACCCUUCACCUAAAAUUCCUGCAUUAGAUCAUUUGAAUCAAUUAAAGUUUGAAUCCAGAACAUGUGAAACUUCCAGUUCAAGAAGUUAUGUCCGAGUCCGGUUGGGUCCAGAACCUCCAAAGACAGGUGGCAAUGAACAGACUAGGACUAUACCUUGGUAUUCUGAGCGAAUUCCCUACACUCACAGUUUUUCGUAUUCUUCAAGCUCUGCAAUUUCACCUGCUGAAUGUUCAGAGACAUCUCGUAGCAUGGACUCCGCAAGCCCUCUCAGUAAAUCCGCCGUCAAAUGGGAAAGUUCAUUAAAGCUCACCGGAGAUCAUACUUCCAACAUUUCACUGGGAAGUGCAUCAGCGUCAAGCUCCUGGCCACAUGGAUUUAAUUAACUUGAUAUGUGGGAUUCUUUUGUAUCUUCCUCUAUUCUGUAUAAACAGAAUUCUACUGUGUCGAGCGCAAAAGUACCAACAUAUUACAGACAUAACUUGGCCUAAAUUUGUAAUGUCACUACAGGGAGGGAAAAAGGUUAAUUGAAUUUGAACACUGAUUACUCGAAACUUUGUAAAAUAGAUUUAAUGAUUAUUAAAGAAUAGUUUUCUUUGUUCAUAUAGGAUAUCUUUAUAUGUUUAUUAUACAACAGGCUUUAGCAGGAGCCAACAUUGAGAAUCUGCAAACUAUAUUAAAACAUGACUGUGUGAGCAAAAUAAGUUGAGGUGACAAUUGAAAAUAGCUAUAUUAGGCAUGCAUCGAUACUGAUACUGGUAUUGGGUUUUGGUCUGAUACAAUGCUCAUGUACUUUUACUUGUGAAAAUGCACCAAUACCUAUAACUGAUACUAUUAACAUGCAAAUGUGAUUGUGUGAACAUUAAAGAGUAAAAAAAAAAAAAA